CCGCCGAUUGGUGUUGCUUCUUAACUUAGUCGCGUCGUCGUGUUGCUGCUGUGCCUUCGCCGUCGUCGUCGUCGUGUUGCUUUCGUACCGUCGUCGUGUUGCAGCUGUGCUUAAACCACCGACGCAAGGAUAAUACCCCAUUAAUACCCAAUCGUACACCUUUGGCAUGUAUUGAUUCUGAGUGCCAAUUUAGAGUGGUUCAGUCCUCAUUUUCAACGUCGUGUUGCCGCGGUGCAGUCGAUAUAUUGCAGCGUGUUGCUGCUGUGACUUGAACACCGUCGCGAGGAUAAUACCUAGAAUAAAUAUCUCACUCCUAUGGCAUAGUGUGAACUUGAGUAUUAAGUUUGUGUUGCUUCCAACCCAAAUCCCAAAGUUGUGUUGUUGCUGUGUAAAAGUGUUGCUGGCGUUAAAAUUGUGUGUCUUUGUGUUGCUGCUGUGUCCUAACCAUAGACGCAAGGAUAACAUAAUAUCCCAGUCGUUUGGCAUGCGGUGAACCUAAGAGUCAAGUGCCUUUGGUGAUUCCCCUAAGUUAGUCUUCUUCCCCGCCAAGGACAUGGACACGGAACAGGAUUCUAACAACCAUCGCGGUUCGGUCUCCUCCAGCCGUUCCUUAGAGAUACCUGCCACGCCUUCGCGUUCCCCCAAGAAAGUGUCCUUCUCCGACGAGCUGCCGCAAUCCCAAACUCCUGCCCAGCAACCCGUCCAACAGCAACCAGCUCCCACAGGUGUGAGUCACGUGCUCCAGCAGGCUGCCCAAUAUCUAGAGAGAUUGCAUGGCGCACGCGAUACUCCCGAAGAAAAGGCAGAGGAAGUACAGCCAGAUGGUGAUAGUAGUGAUAGUAGCCUUAGCGAACCCGCCGUUCUGGAUUUGGAUGCAGUGGAUUUGAGUGCUAAUGAAGCGGCGGCAAAUGUUGGCCCAAUUGUAAUGGCCAGCUCGCCAAGUAUUCUAGUUGCCAGCGUUGGCAAGCAGGAAGCGAUUGCUAGUGCAAAUGUAAAUGGAAAUGGAAAUCCGAAUCAGCGGCAAUCAAAUUUGUACAUGGAACGAUACAACCUCAAUUUAGAUAAGAACUGCAGCUCCAUGGAGCUGGAGGCGCGCCGGGAGAAGCAGCGCUGGCUGCUCAUAUCCGAGUGCAGUGCAAUUUUUGAUGAGGGCGAGGGUAAACACACAAGGGAGGCCUUCCGCAAGCUUUUCCUGGAUGAGGAAUUCCAGCAGAAGCUCUUCCAGCUGUUUGAUCUCGAGCGGAAUGGCUAUCUCCUGCAAGAUCGCUGGAUCGAACAUCUAAAGGGUCGGCUAACCGACGAUCGACAGAUGGACUUUGCCGAACAAAUUGAAUCGGUGGCCUAUGUGAUCUGCGGUGAAAACAAGAGAGUGACCUUCAAGAACUUUCGUGAUAUAUGGCACACAAGGGGGAUUCUUGAUAAGCUAUAUCGCUUGAUAGAGGUAGAUGGCAGCAACUUGAUAUCCACCAACCAGGUGAUGGAGUUCAUUUCACACCUCACUAACUCCCGACCAAGGACUGGAUUCGACAAGAGUUCACUGGCCCGACUGGAACAACUCUUUCGAACCACCGUGGGAAACGAGCAAGAGAUUCGAAGGGAGGAAUUCCAGAAGAUCGUCACCUCGAAAAAUCCUUUCUUCACGGAGCGGGUCUUCCAAAUCUUCGACAAGGACAAUUCGGGUUCCAUAUCGCUGCAGGAGUUUAUCGAUGCCAUACAUCAGUUCUCUGGUCAAUCGGCUGAUGACAAGAUUCGCUUUUUGUUUAAAGUCUACGAUAUAGAUGGUGACGGACUCAUCCAGCACAAGGAGCUACAUGAUGUCAUACGACACUGCAUUAAGGAGAACGGUAUGGAGUUCUCAGAGGACCAGAUCGAAGACCUAACCAGCGCCAUGUUUGAGGAUGCCGAUCCCCACAACAGUGGAGAAAUCACUUACGAGGCCCUAAAGAACCAACUACACAAGCAUGGUGGCCUCCUGGAGAAUCUUAGCAUAACAAUCGAUCGCUGGCUAGUUCCCAUCGCAGAGGAUCGCCAAGCGGGAGGGGCAGCUAAGAGCGGAUUUUGGAACUCCCUGCCUCAUCAGUUCUCGUUGGCCUAUAUGAAAAAUAACCAGGUCUUCGUCACGUACCUCUUCUUCUAUAUAACCGUCAACCUGUGCCUCUUCAUAUCCCGCGCCAUCCAGUACCGAGCUAGUAAUGGAUUCGUUAUCAUAGCCAGAGCUUGUGGACAAUGCUUGAACUUCAACUGUGCCUGGGUCUUAGUACUUAUGUUGCGACACUCGCUGACUUACCUGAGGGGGCGUGGUCUGUCAUCGUAUCUUCCACUGGAUCACCAUGUCUAUCUGCACAAGCUCACGGGCAUCACGAUCUCCGUAUUCAGCUUAGUACAUACGAUCAUGCAUCUCUUCAACUUCUCCAUCAUCGUGAUAAACGAUCCGAACAUUAAUGCUGGACACUACACCAUUGGUGAAUGGUUGCUCACAGAUCGUCCUGGAUUGUUUGGCUUGAUACCGGGUUGUGCUAAUCCAACGGGAGUAGCUCUUUUGGCCAUCUUGGUGGUUAUGUUUGUGUGCUCACAACCUUUCGUUCGGCGAAAGGGCAGCUUCGAGGUGUUCUACUGGACGCAUCUGCUGUACGUGCCUUUCUGGAUACUGUGCCUAUUCCAUGGACCCAAUUUCUGGAAGUGGUUCCUGCUGCCAGGACUCGUUUACAUAGUAGAGCGGGCACUUCGGUUUAUUUGGAUGAGGGGAGAGCAUGGCAAGACAUAUAUCAGUUCUGGGUUGCUUUUGCCUUCCAAGGUGGUCCACCUAGUGAUUAAACGGCCUCAUCACUUUAAUUUCCGACCCGGAGACUACGUCUUUGUGAACAUUCCGGCCAUUGCCAACUACGAGUGGCAUCCGUUUACCAUUAGUUCAGCGCCUGAGCAGGAAGACUACAUGUGGUUGCACAUACGCACUGUUGGUGAGUGGACCAAUCGCUUGUAUCGAUACUUUGAGAGGGAGCAGCAGAAGUUGCAGCAGAAUGGUUCCUCACAGGAGAUUCCCCAACACAUGCAUGCUAUACCCACGCCAAGUUUUAUGCUGCUCAACGAAGCUCGAAAUCCUGCGAUGUCCGGAGAAAGAUCUGCCACGCCACAAACAGAUUUUCUGGCCAAAAAUCUAGCUGUUCAGGCAGUGCCGCCAGUGCGUCCUCCACGACAGAAUCGCAAGCCUACAACAGGAACAGCUCCCGAAACUCCAGUCACAGGAGUUAACCGUAUUCGCAGCAUCAAGAAGACUCUUCAGCGUACUUUCUCCCGGAAGGAGGCAGCGGAGCCCAAGAAGGGCAUGUCGAAUGGCUCCUUCCUUAGUGAUGGCGACCGGGAGGACCCCAACCUGAAGCAGAGGCCGCUGGAGAAAAGCAUCUCCUUGCCGGAUAUUAGUGUGAAGAGUAAAAAGAGAAGUCGGCUCAAGGCCCUACGAGCUUUGGGUCGCUCUGAAUCCGAGUCUGCCUUUGAUGAGAAGCGAGUUCGCCGCGCCAGGAACAACAGUGUAGGAUUGGCUUACCUCAGCCCUCAGAACAAGUCGCUGGCACAAAGUUUCCGCUACAUGCGCACGAAGCCGACGAUUAUUGCCUUUAAGACGCCCAGCAUGGAAGAGCGGGAGCAUCAGUUGUCGGCCGGUGAAGCCAAUGGAGCAAGUCCCGCCAGCCGAGCAGAGCAGGGUCAGCUGGGUUCCAAAAUGGAUCCAGUUGACAAGUUACAGGUAGCCAGACUCAGUCUGGCAGCCGAAGUGGCCUCCAAGCCAUUGGAGGACCAAACACAAACGGGCUCGGGCAGUAGAAAGUCCAUUCUGCGGCGUCCCACAUUUCUGCGCACCCUAUCCACCUCCAUAAAUAACAGAACAGGCGGAGGCGGUGGUGGAUCAACUGGUAGCUCCACAACUAACAGCGGUGGCAAAGUCACACUCGAUGCGGGAGUCAUGGAGAUCUUCAUCGACGGGCCUUAUGGAGCGCCCUCAAGUCACAUCUUCGGGGCUCAGCAUGCGGUGCUUAUUGGCACGGGUAUUGGAGUCACACCGUUUGCCUCCAUCCUCCAGUCUAUCAUGCACAGAUACUGGAAGGCCCGUCAUAGCUGCCCGAGAUGUCAGUUCGAAUGGGCCAGUGAAAUACCCAAGUCUGUGAUGAACCUGCGGAAGGUGGACUUCUUUUGGAUCAACAGGGAUCAACGAUCCUUUGAAUGGUUCGUCAACCUCCUGUCCCAACUGGAGAUCGAACAAGCAGAGCUGGGUGGCGCAAUGGAGCGCUUCCUGGACAUGCACAUGUACAUAACAAGUGCGCUGCAAAGAACGGAUAUGAAAGCAGUUGGUCUUCAAUUAGCUUUGGAUUUGCUACACGAAAAGGGCAAGCGGGAUCUGAUAACUGGUCUGAAAACUCGUACGAAUGCCGGCAGACCCAACUGGGAUAAGGUGUUCAAACAGCUGCAGGCCCAGCAAAAGGGCAAGGUUACCGUUUUCUACUGCGGACCACCACAGUUGGCCAAAACACUGAGAUACAAGUGCGACCAGUACGGAUUCGCCUUUCGUAAGGAGUGCUUCUGAACAAGCCACAUCUCUUGCCCUCAUCCAUCUCCUCGUCCACUUUCAUCUCAUCUCUUGCUCUGUAUCAACCCUCCUUCGUUCAUCUUGUUCUCAUUUGCAUAAGCAACGGGUUUAUUUCGGGUUCGGUUCGGUUUAGCUUAGCUUAGAUGGCUAUUUAUUCGUCACCUGUCUUGUUGCCUCAUUGUUGAGUGUGUCCCCCAGCUUGUAAAUAUCUAUAUCUAUAUGUAUAAUCUAUGUACUCAUGCAAUAAAGUUUGUUACCCAA